AUGGGUUCUUCAGAUAAUUUUUUUAGUGAUAUUAUUUCUCUGGCUAUUAAUUGGAAUAAUUACCUCGAUCCUAAUGUUGAUGAAGAUGAAUUAAUUGAGGAUGGCCUAAGAAUGGAUGAAUUUAUGGGCACAAUGUAUGCUGCAUUUGGUCUUCUUCCAUUGCUUUCCUUUUUACUGAACUUACAAACUAUAACUACACCUCCAGCUCUUUCUGUUAUUAACCUGGAUAUUCUGCCACUACCACAUCCUGAAAUUUUAUCUCCUUCUGGAGACUGGCCUUUAUCUUCCAAUAAUGCUGCUAGCGCGUCUAAUAAAUGUUCACGUACCGUCUCUGCUGAUGAUAUGAAUGUUGAUAUAACUUUGCCCUCUGUUCCUGCCUCAAACUCUGUACCCAGCGUUCCUUCUGGUCUUCCUAAGGUUGCUUGCUGA